UUUAUGUCCUAUUGCCUAACUUCCCCCUUUAACUUUUGUUUGUUAAAUCUCCAAACAGCUCUGCUUGUCUCAUUUGAUCAUUUUGGCAUGAUAUAAGAUCAGAAAGUGUAGAUGGCCGGUCUUGUCCCUCCAGAAUUGGAAUCCAUGGCUUCAGGUGAUUCAGAACUUAAACCAAAUGAAACUCAGGCAUCCAAAAGAAGGAAGGUUGUCGAGAGGACUGUGGUUACAGUGAAGGUCGGGGAAAAUGGUGGGAAGGUGAAGAACGAAGGGCCACCUUCGGAUUUAUGGUCGUGGAGGAAAUAUGGGCAAAAGCCUAUCAAAGGAUCUCCUUAUCCCAGGGGGUAUUACAGGUGCAGCACAUCAAAGGGUUGUUCGGCCAAGAAGCAAGUAGAAAGAUGCAAAACUGAUGCUUCGUUGCUUAUCAUCACUUACACCGCUAGCCAUAACCAUCCGGGCCCUGAUCUCGAAUCCGCCGACAUAAAACAGUCUCCGGAAGAACCCCAAAGCAACCGCGGUGACGAUUGUAAGCAAGAACAGGUGGUGGCGGAUGUUUCAGAACAAGAGCCAGAUGUACCGCAAAACGAAGGCAGCAAUGAAGAGGCAGGUGAAGAUCAUUUUCACUAUUUACAAUCCCCAUUUAAUGAAGAUUCUUUCAUCGGGAAUGUAGAGAAAACUCAUGACUCGCUGGGGUUUUUGUUGGAUGAAGAGCCAUUGUCUUGCCCUCGUAUAACGACAACCUCAACGCCGAAAUCAGAAGAGAAUGAUUUCUUCGAUGAGCUCGAAGAACUAUACCCAUAUCUUCAGCUUUCACAAGUUUCAUGAGAAGAUGAAGGAAUUCCUGUUGUCCAUUGUUGAAAUAUGAAGUGUUUCU